GAGGGCACAGCCAGCCCCCAGGCCCCGAACCGACCGGGCGAGGGUCUGCCUGUCGCCUAGUGUCUCUGGGUCGGUUUAUCUGUCAUCCCAGGACGUCCAGGCGCUUCUGCUCUGGUGUAACUAGAUGCCUCAGCUUGGGACCUAGCGACAUCCAAACUCUGCACUCCCGUGCUGCUUGGGCUAUUUGUCCGUUCCCUGGCGAUACCUAAGUUCCUCCAAACUCGUACCAUGCGGUGUGUUGAGUUUUAAUGUGGUGACAUGAGAACACCUGCAUGUUCCCAUACCGUGCAGUGUGUUCAUCUUUGAUUUAGCAACCGGGAAGCUAGGAAUUGCUUUUUUUUCUGUUACGCUCCUACGCGUACAGAGUAACAUCUCCUAAUGCUUUUUCAUGAGAAACUGUGUACUCUGCUGCCCACCAUCUCUCUCUCCAGCAUGUCACUCUGAUGUACCUGUGAACCAGAGCUGGCCAGGUUUGUCCUCCUGGAUGUGUGAGCAGUAGCUCUGGGUGCCAGCGUCUCAUACAGUUGUUCCCUCAUCCUGAGAAUUUGUCUUCCCUUUUGAGAGACAACCCAGAGCAUGAAAUGCUUUGUCCCACUGGUGGGAGCAGGGACGCUGCUCAGUUUUGUGCUGAGUUGUCCUCACCAAGGCCUGCAGUGGCCCUGCUACGUGGAGCUUUACUGAGCUCCUAAUUGCCACCUUGUAACCCUCGCCUGCUCACUGUGCACGCUGACAGUGGAGGAAACCACUUGCAGGCAGCAUGAGUUUGUAAGUCAGGGCUUGAUCAUCACUCUUUAGUGUUUUCGCUAUAUUUGUUUCCUGAGUACAAGUACUGAGCCACACAGCUACAGCUGCUCUUGUGGUGGCUUCCAGGGGCUUUGGAAGGUGUACACAAAAGUAAUUUGUAUUCACUUCCUUUUGGAUGUGUCUUUUAUUCCCAAGAGUAAUGUAUAUUGGAGGCAGUCGAGAAGCAGCUGUUUGAAUUGAGUUGCAGAAGUGAAUCCUUCCCCAUGUACGUAGAUUUACACCUGCCUGGUUCUACCUCCCUGGUACAGUCACAUGUGUUAACAGAUUCCUGUGAGACCGUUGGGCCAGGGGGAGACUAUCCCCACAUGCAGAAACAGAGGCACGUAUGUAAUGACUUUGCCAGGAACGUGCAGGAAUCCAGAAUGUGAGCCUGGAUCCCAAUCAACAAAGUCCUGUACUUUGACUUAGAGCCGUUGGUUCUGCUCAUCCUUGGUUUGUGUAUUCCCAAGGUCUGGAUUUUACGCAUUUGGAUAUUGAAGAGUCACAGUUUUCAUCCAGCUUUCCACGUGCUUAGGUUGAACCAUCCCAACGUAGUAAGAGCCUGUGAAGUUCCCGAGGAGAUGAACUUUCUGGUUAACGACGUUCCUCUUCUGGCUAUGGAAUAUUGUUCAGGGGGUGACCUCCGGAAGUUGCUAAACAAACCAGAAAACUGCUGCGGACUUAAGGAAAGUCAAAUACUUUCUCUGCUUAGCGACAUUGGGUCUGGUAUCCAGUAUUUGCACGAAAACAGAAUUAUACACAGAGAUUUAAAGCCUGAAAAUAUUGUUCUUCAGGAUGAAGGUGGGAAGAUUGUUCACAAAAUAAUAGACUUGGGAUAUGCAAAGGAUCUGGAUCAAGGAAGUUUAUGUACUUCGUUUGUUGGAACUUUACAAUAUUUGGCUCCAGAACUCUUUGAGAAUAAAUCCUACUCAGUUACUGUUGAUUACUGGAGCUUUGGAACGAUGGUGUUUGAAUGCAUUGCAGGAUUUAGACCUUUCUUACAUAACCUACAGCCGUUUACCUGGCAUGAAAAAAUCAAGAAGAAGGAUCCAAAGCACAUCUUUGCUUCUGAAGAGAUGAAUGGAGAGGUUCGCUUUAGUACCCAUUUGCCGCAGCCUCACAGCCUCUGUGGUUUAAUUGUAGAACCAAUGGAAAAUUGGUUGCAACUGAUGCUGAACUGGGAUCCACAACAGAGAGGUGGAGGGUUAGAUCCUGAGACCAGUUGUCCAAAGUGCUUCCUAAUAAUGGAUCACAUACUGAAUUUGAAGAUAGUACACAUCCUAAAUAUGACCUCUGCCAAGAUUGUUUCAUUUCUUUUGCAUCCUGAGGAAAGCCUUCAUUCCCUUCAGAAUCGCAUUGAGUUUGAAACUGGAAUAAGUACUGGAAAUCAGGAACUGCUGUUGGAGACAGGGAUUUGUCUGGACCCUCGGAAACCCGCUUCCCAGUGUGUUAUUGAUGGCGUAAGAGGCUGGGAUAGCUACAUGGUCUAUCUGUUUGAUAAAAGCAAAACUGUCUAUGAUGGACCCUUUGCUUCUCGGAGUCUGUCUGACUGUGUAAAUUACAUUGUACAGGAUAGCAAAAUCCAACUGCCAAUUCCUCAGCUGCGCAAGGUUUGGGCAGAAGCAGUUCACUACGUGAUUGGGCUAAAAGAAGAUUAUAGCAGGCUUUUCCAGGGCCAGAGAGCUGCCAUGCUCAGUCUUCUUCGGUAUAAUGCCAACCUAAUCAAAAUGAAAAACAAUAUGGUGUCAGCAUCUCAGCAACUGAAAGCAAAACUGGAAUUCUUUCAUCAAAGCAUUCGUCUUGACCUGGAGAGAUACAGUGACCAGAUGGCUUAUGGCAUAUCUUCAGAAAAGAUGCUCAAAGCCUGGAAGGAGAUGGAAGAGAAGGCUUCUCAGUGUGCACAGGCUGAAGAUAUUGGAUAUCUGGAUGAGCAGAUCAUGGCUCUGCACACAGAAAUUGUAGAGCUUCAGAAGAGUCCAUACGCAAGGCGUCAAGGAGAGGUCAUGGAGAGCUUGGAACAGAAAGCCAUAGACCUGUACAAGCAAUUAAAAACAAGACCUCCAGAUCAUGCCUACAGUGACAGCACGGACAUGGUGAAGAUCAUUGUGCAGACAGUACAGAGCCAAGACCGAGUUCUCAAGGAGCUCUUUGGCCAUCUCAGCAAGCUCUUGGGCUGUAAGCAGAAGAUCAUUGACUUGCUUCCAAAGAUUGAAGUGGCUCUAAAUAACAUCAAGGAAGCUGACAACUCAGUGAUGCAGAUGCAGGGCAAAAGACAAAGGGAGAUAUGGCAUUUGCUGAAAAUUGCUUGUACUCAGAGCUCUUCUCGAUCGCUGGUAAGCUCCAGCCUGGAAGGGACAGCCUCAACUGCGGCAGCCACAUGGCUCCCACAGAGCCCCUCAGGGAACGUACCUCACCCUCUGUCAUCUAUGCCAGCCCCUGAAGAUGGGGAAAAUUUUGUCCAUGUGAUAGAAGAGAAUCUGAAUUACCUCAAACUCUUUAGCAGCAUUUUGCAGGAGGCGAGACAGGAGCAGAACAGCAUGAUGAGUUUUGAUUGGAGCUGGCUGAAAUAGCCACAGGAGCCGACGUGCUGCUACCUGCUAAGUGCCUGCAUGCAGAGAGGUGGCUUGGCAGCCUUUGAUGUGACGUGCUGGAGGGGACCGAUCGAUCACCUUGCGUUUUGUAACCCUUGGCGGAGUUGGUUACAGAGGUGGUGCUCAGCAGGAGAUGCACCAUUGGCAGUAACAAAUGGCGUUUUACAGUCCACCGCCUAGGCGGGCUUUCAACUAAACAAGUGACCCGCAGCACCCGCUGCCUUCGCUGGCGUUGGGCGCCCGUGGGCACAGCCAGCCGCAGGUAGCGCUGGUGGCCAUGGCCCCACGGAACCUUUCCUUGGGCUGCCCUCAGGGCCGGGGCCCUGCUGCCCCCCGGCCCUCCCGCCGCUCGUCACAACUGCUCACGUGUGUAAUAUGAAUGUAUAGAUUAUAUAUAUUUUAAAUAGAAUUAACCGCAAUAAAUGCUGUGGAAGAGGC